CUCAUCUUCCCCUUCUCCUAAAACUUUGUAUGGAGUAGUAUAGUACUUAUAGUUUCUUCCUCUUUUCUAUCAUCUAUAUAUUCAUAUAAACUAAGUAGCAUAGGAAACUAAAAUGGUAGGCAACCAUACUUGCAAUCUCCCCCCUGGCUUUAGGUUCCACCCAACCGACGAAGAACUCAUCAUGUAUUACCUUCGCAACCAAGCCACUUCUCGCCCUUGCCCCGUCUCCAUCAUCCCCGAAGUCGAUUUCUAUAAGUUCGACCCUUGGGAGUUGCCCGAGAAAGCAGAGUUUGGAGAGAACGAAUGGUACCUCUUCACGCCCCGCGACAGGAAGUACCCGAACGGGGUUCGUCCCAACCGGGCAGCCGUCUCGGGCUAUUGGAAGGCCACGGGCACGGACAAGGCGAUCCAUAGCGGCUCAAAAUAUGUUGGGGUCAAGAAGGCUCUUGUUUUCUACAAAGGGAAACCCCCAAAGGGUACCAAGACGGAUUGGAUCAUGCAUGAAUACCGCCUUAGUGACUCCAGACCAUCUCAAGUCAAACAAAAUGGUUCCAUGAGGCUAGACGAUUGGGUUCUGUGUAGAAUUUAUAAAAAGAAGAAUCAGGUGAAAGCGGUAGGAAUGAAGACGGAAGAAGAAUACGACAGUGAAAGAGGCGCGACGAAAAUGGCACCUUUUUUUGGGGACGCAAUGAGCGGACACGCACAGACAAUAAUGAAACUGGGAAGGGUUUGCUCAUUGGGUACGGAAAUGGACUGUUUUGGGCCAUCAAUCCCUCAUUUCCUACAGGGCGAGAACAACAACAACAACACCACCACCAACAACCCAAUAAACUUUGAUCACCAAAUGAACACAUACAACAAUGGAAUUUACACUUAUGCCCUGGGUGAUCAAUUCUCACACCAAUACAGCCAGCAGAGCAGCAGCAGUAAUAUGUUGUUGAUGAAUCAGGGCAUUUUUGUGAACCCACCAUUCCAGUUCCAGUGACGUCAUCAAUAAUAAUGGUACGUUCUGAUAACCAUUGAAUUCGAGGGAAAUUUGGAUUUGGAUUAUUGAAAAAAAAAGGGAUAGAAAGUGAUGGAUGGGAAGGCCAAAAGCAGCUAAAGGGUCGGCAAUUUGUAAAUAAAAAAAAUAUCUCAAGAUUUGGACUUUAAAGAUCAAAGCGUCGUCAUGCUUCUGUCAUCAUAUAAUCACCUAAUUAUUUUGCAUUAAAUAUUAUUUAUUUGG